AUGUCAGACAUCGAGUCAAUCAAGAAAAUGGUGCGGGCUGUACUUCAGUCCAGCAAGCAAGGAGUGGCUGUUAACAAAUUGCAGUUUGAGUACCGCUCACUCUGUGGAGAGAAUAUCGAUCUUAAAAAACUGGGCUUCAAAAAUUUGGAAGACUUUCUCAGAAGCAUACCAUCUGUGGUACGGCUGGACUACAACAAUGGAGAUUUGAGAUGCUUUGCUGCAGUAUGCAGUGAGACGGCACACAUUGCCCAGCUGGUGGCGCGACAGAAGAGUUCCAAGAAGUCGGGAGGCUCACAAAUUGUUAACUGCAGGAUGAGACGCAAAGCUUCCAACCCUUACAUGUUUCAUGGCCAGCAAAAGGCUAUCUAUCCCACGGUGGCUUCAGGGCUUUCAGUGCCUCAGGAGAUUUUAGGAAUGCGAGGAGUGUACUCUUUUGUGAUACUGUACCACCUGCCCUACACUUCCAGCGCCAAAUCAACGCUAUAUGACAAGACAGUGCUGCAGGGAAGACUAAACCAGCUCCUGAAGAGGUACUCCACUGGGCUGUGGAUGUCUAAACUGCCAGCGGUUUUCAGUGAAAUGUUUAGCGAGCAGCUCCCUCCUCAGGUGCUCAAAGAUCUGGAGAAAUGGACACACAUUUGUAUGAAGUCCACAUUGUCCUGGAACUCUGUUUCUAGUCCUCCUGCUGAAUCCAAUUCUGCUGUUUCUGCUGACGUGUAUCACAGAAUAAGGGAUCUUCUAUCCAAGUACACGAACGGGCUGUGGGUCCAUGCCUUGCCCAAACUUUUCAUGGACACGUACAAGGUCCCAUUCCCUGAGGUUUUGAUGGAUAAAUUGCAUCAUCUUCCAGACCUAUGCACGGUGGAAUACCCAAUUCCAAAUGGCAAGAAGGCCAUCCUGUAUACGCCCAUGAGGGUAAAGCUGGAGGAAACUGACAGCACAGGUAGUCGGAAGAGCAGAAGCCACCACUUUCCAUCUGGUCUGGAGGUCAUUGGUCCUGUAGUUCCUUCCUGUCUAGUUCAUCCCACUGUUCAGUACCCAUCGGUACUGAUUAUUGAUGCCAAAAGCAGUAAUGCUGUUACCAUAAGGUAUAUUGGCGAUGGCUAUUCCAAUGCUCAGGAGGCAAUGGAGGAUGCAAUGCUUUCCUUUUAUAAACAAAACUCCAACCUGAAGCCUCUCACUAAUCUUGUCGUGGGUCAACUGGUAGCAGUCAAGGGGGACAAUGGUAAAGAAUUUACGAGAGCUCAAGUCACUGAGGUGACCACCAACAACAUCAAGGUUUACUAUGUGGACCACGGCUUUAGUGUGGAGACUAAGAGAGAAAAUCUCCAGGAGUUGCACCAUGACUUCCUGUCGCUACCCUGUCAAGCUACCAAUGUUAGGCUUGCAGGUUUAGAGGAGUUCACUUCCCAUCCCACUGUGAUUUCAACCUUGAUGAAGUUGGCCGUCGGAAAAAUCCUGCUGAUGGAGUUGUUGGGUCCUUUCCACCCCAAUGACUUGCCUGAGGCAUUGCUCUAUGAUACCUCACAAGAUGAUGACAUCAACAUAAACUCUGUCUGCUUAAAGGAACUCCAGGACAAAACUAUGAAUAACCCCCUAACUGUAAAUUCUACCUAUCAGGGUGUGUGUGUCACACAUGUUUGUGCAGAUGGCAUUAUCGUUUGCCAGCUGCCUUCCAGAGGAACUGCAAGACUCGCCAAAUUUUUGGAAGAAAUAAAAGCAUUUUUCAUUUCUCAGAUGACCUCUGAUUACUUGGUUUCUAAACCCUUCAACGGCAAGAUGUGUCUGACCAGCUACAAAGAUAAAUGGUGCAGAGCUGAGAUAACCCAUCUUCAUGGCAAUCGAGUCAUUGAGGUCGUCUUGAUUGAUUUGGGUGUACCAGCAACUGUAGAGGUCACUGAACUUCGAGAGAUACCCCCUCUUUUCAUCCGAGACUUCACCCUCAUCCCGUCACAGGCGAUCAGAUGUCGUCUGGCUGAUGUGGACGUUCCAGAGGAAGAUUGGAGCCCAGAUGUGGUCUUCUGGUUGAAGAAUGCGGUCCUUGGAGUUGAAGAUUGUAAAAUGAAGAUUUUAAAGUUGGAGGAGAACAAAAUGGGGAGACUGGUGCACAUGUACCUGUUUGAUGGUAAGGAUGUACACCAGAGCAUUAACCAAAAGAUAAGCAACCCAGAAGUCUGCAAGAGACUGAACACCAGAAAAUGCGACAUGGCCACUGAUCACAGUGCAUCAGUCAGGAAACUGGCUGAGAGCAGCCCAACUAAUCUUCAUCUGCAACCAUGUGAAUCAUCAUCAACAGUUACAAACUCCAGUAUGCCACCUCCACUCCAGCUUCCCGUGCCUGGUCAAAACAUGGAUAUCUACGUUCCAGCAGCUUGCCACCCUGGUUACUUUGUGAUUCAGCAAUGGCAAGAACUGCAUAAAUUAGUAGUUUUGAUGGGAGAGAUGAUGCUCUUCUACAACCGAAAUGCGACCACCACUGCUAUGGAGAUCAAGAAGGGAGAUGUUUAUGCCGUCAAAAUAGACAAAAGUUGGUACCGUGCAGUGGUGAAAGGGAUUCUUUCCAAUGGCUUGGUUUCGGUUUACGAAUUGGACCAUGGAAAACACGAGCUUAUCCAACGGUCUUUACUUCAACCUUUGAUUGAAGAAUUUCGACAGCUGCCUUUUCAGGCCAUCACUGCGAAGCUAGCAGGUGUGCCCAAUUGCAAGUGGUCAGAAGAGGCGUCCAUGUUCUUCAGAAGUCAUGUGGAAAAGCAAGGACUCGUGGCCCAGAUCGAAAGUGUUGAGGAUGAGACGGAAGUCAAGAAGGAACUGUGGGACUGCAGAUUGACAGUGUAUUUGGUGGACACCAAAAUUGAGGAGAAGGAUGUUUGGAUCCACAGCAUCAUGGCAGAUAUUUGGAAUGUUCCAUCUUCUCAUGUUGUGUCUACGCACAUGUUGUGA